AAUUUUAUAGUUUCCGUAUAAAACAUAUGCUAAGCGAAAAUACUCUGCGAAUAUGUAUAGCGAAAAAAUAUACUAUUCUCCAUCACAGAAUAAUUGCUGCGGUGGAUGCUCAUAGAAGAGCACUUGAAUUGUCAGAGUUAUUAAAAACAAAUUUUGGACGUUCGUACCUGCUCAUAAUUAUGAUUAUUACAUGUUCGGGAAGCAUUAAUAUUUUUCAUCUAUCUCGAAUAAUAACGAUGGAACAAAAAACGAUGGAUAUUAUAAUAUCUAUCUUUUUAAUAUUCUGCCAUUUUUUGUUCCUAAUUCUAGGCAAUUUCGCUGGACAGGAAUUUAUAAACUGCGACAGUUAUGUCCAUCAAACGAUAUGCAAUACGGAAUGGUAUAAUGCUCCAUUAAAAGCGCAAAAAUUAAUACUUUUUUUGCUACAAAAAACCACAAAAAGUUACAGAGUCGACGCUGGUGGUAUGUUUAGUCCUUGUUUGGAAGGUUUGGUCGGGGUAAGAAAUCACAUCAUUAAUGGAAAUAACUACCAUAUCGAUUAAUUGUUUAUACAGUUAAAUCUUCUGUUUUAGACCAUGAGUUUAUUGUUCUCUAUUUUCACUGUUUUAAACUCGAUAAACUGAUAAUGAAAUUAU